CGCCGAGCUUCACAAAGUCCGUAUGACAGGUCUUGCUAUAGGCUAUGGGUGUUUACCCUUGCGAGACUUGAGAAAGUCAAAGAUGCAGAACCUCCUCACACCGACAAAUUACUGGAGAGCACUGAGCUACUUUGCCAACACGCCGCCGACUCAAUUGUGAUCGACCCAUCCCAUCGUCCCCGAUGCACCGUGAAAACACAUGUUGAUGGGUCUCGAAAAACUAUGGGCAUGCAGGUUUUUGAGCGUUAGGAGAGGUCUUGGUGAAGCUUUCGAUGGAUGCACCCAACAGUGCGGACAAAAAGACCUGCUCUACAGUCAAGGGCAUACCAAAUAUUACCAAGCUUCCAAACUGCCUCUAUGCAUGUUGCCUUUGUGUUUCAUACGGUUUAAUUCUUCUCAUCGUAUACGUGUGAGCAGUUCAGACCGGGGCUGGGUAUUAAAACAGUUUUUUGUGCCCCGUCUGGGAUCGUUCUGCAGGCAUUAAAGAUAGACUAUACUACAAGUAUCUAGCUACUAUCUUUCUAUUUGAUAUAGUCUACU